UGUGGCAACACAUAGUUCUGCUGUCGUGAAGUUCGUAACAUGUGAUGUUUCGUGAAAAGUGUUAAUUUUUUUACGAAAAACCUUUUUUAAAUAUCCGUGGUGCAUCUUAAAAGUGUUAUAACGAUACAUUUGUGGUUUGUGUGUAGUGUUUGUUGUGCUAAACGUGUUAGAAUAUCCCAACAAAAAUUACAUGGAUAAAGCCGUCACUUGAGGUUGUAAAGACAUGGAGUCGCACAUAUUAAAUACAUACACGUAUCGGGAGGCUCCGUUUCGUCCGAUCGGACACAAAGUCAUGCGUAUGAAGAUUGACUCCCUAUCAUCAGAAAGCAGUAGUGGUAACCAAAACAGUCCUGAAUACUCCACGCAAAUCAGUGUGCCACAAUUGAGGCAUUCUGUUGACAGCAAUGGUGACGACACUGAGAUUAAUAUAAGUCACACGAGUAAUAAUAGCAGUAGCAGCUCAGAAGAUGAAAGCUCUGAGACAGAGGAAAAUAUAGAUGUAGAGAAUGCAGAAGAAACUACAGAGGACCCUACAGAGGAACCUACAGUGAGAGAGAAUGGGUAUGAGGUUAGUGAAGAACAGGAUAUCAGUUUGGAUUACGAAGAAAUCCUCGCAGUAGAAGAUGCGGAAACUGGUGCAGAAAUUGAGAUACAUAAGUCUUUACCAACAUCUUUGGAGCUCAACGAGAAUUGUUUGGUAGAAGAUGAUGACUAUAUGGUUUAUACUGUGAUUGCGGUAGAUCCAGACGACUGUGACGACGACGACGAUGAUGAUGAGGAAGAAGAAGAAGAAGAAGAAACAGAAGAUGUUGCUUCUGUCAUAGAUACAGAAACUGACGCUACUGUCAUAAAUACAGAAGCUGAUGCUCCUGUCAUACACACAGAAGCUGAUGCUUCUGUCAUAAAUACAGAAGCUGCUGAAGAGGUAGAAGCUGCAGAAGAGGCAGAAGCUACCUUAAUGGCAGAUAUACCGAAUGGUACCGAUAUCAGCCAUAACUCUAUCACAUAUCUAGAAAGAAAUACUACAGAGGAAGUGGUAAAUGUAUGUGUUUCUCCAGUGGUUUCAAAUGUCAAUAAUAAUGUCGAUACAAACCAACACAUACUGGAGGAAGACGUUCCUGUAGUCAGAGCUAUCGAUGACUACUUUAACAAGGAUAUAUCACUCCCAGUUGGAAACAUACACGGUUUCCUCCCUAAAACACCUGAUGAACACAUUAUUAAAGAACAUAGUAACCACUACAUACCAGAAAAUGUUCAACAAAUUACAUCAAAGUUAACAAGUAGUUACAUUGAUCCAGCCCAUCACGUAUUGCCCCCAACUCAGGUCACCAACUUAUCAAAAGAAGACUUAGAGGCCUGGCCAAGAAUCCAAAGUAUAAAGAGGUUCCUCUUAGAGGACAUUCACACAAUCAUGAAAUCUCGGCCCAUACAAAAGUCGUCUUCGGUGCCGCAAUCACCUGUGCCGCAUAUGUGCAUGGAAUAUGAUGAUGUUAAGCAAAGUAUGACCUUCGAGGACCUAGAUUUAUCUGAUCUAGGUUUAGACAGUGAUAGAGAUAAACUAGAUACUAGUGCGCCGCGUAUUUUAACGGACGAAGAUGUGAAUAGCUUUUUAAUUACUGAAAAGAAGGAAGUUAUACAAGAAGAGGACAAUUUCCAUAUCGAAGAUAUGGAUCUAGAGCGUCCUCUCGAAGCUACCAUCUCUGUUUCUUCGCCUGUCCCUGUGUUAAAUCGCUCAUCCACACCUAUUCAAACAGUUCUAGACUUUUGCAUAGAAAAGUCGGCUAAUAAAAAAGAAAUAGCGACAGAGACAAAAGGUGAAUUAGAAGAUUUCGUGGAUGUCGAAUCUUGUAACGAGACAGUAUUGCCAGUUUUAGAAGCUAAUAAUGUGAACUCUCUGUUAGAACAAUUCGAAGCCUCUGAAAAUAUGAACAAAAAGAAGAAAGAUAAAUCGAGCGCUGUGACAUCCAAAAAUAGUGUAAAAAGUGGUUUGUCCAAUGGCACGCGGCUUCAAGACGCUGGAAUGCAAUUAAAUAAGAAUAAAAUGCGGCAAAUACUGAUGCCGCCCACACCACUAAAUGCGACCAGCAGGCGGUCACCGAGCCCCGUUCACUCGGAUCAUGACUACUGCUCGCCGAAAAAGCGGAGUAGCUUGCCCAAAGUCAAGGGAGGGCAAAGCUUACUCAAACCCGACAUAGUCAGCAAAAACAAAAUACUUAAUUCUAGACAUAGGUCGUGUAAAAGUAAAAAAGUGGUUUACCAUUUGAGUAGUGACGAAGAAGACAAUGGUGUAAAAAGCAAGAAACCAGUGAAAGAGGAAGCAGAAAGUAAAAAAAGCAGUAGUAAACCGGCCAUUCAAUCGAACUGUCGUAGAAAACUGUCCCCACCCCUAAGUGCACCAGAUAGUUGUAAAGACGAUAAAAAAUCUGUGAUCGAAAAGGAAGCUUGUAAAGCUAGUGAUAUUAAUAGUCAAAAUUGUAAUGGUAGGAUUAAGUUACUUAUUAAGAAUAAAUCUGAAGUUAUACUAAACUGUGAUCCUGUAGACUCUCAGAAAAAUAUAGAGAAGUGUAAAAAUAGUGAUAGUGAAAAAAAUAACAAUUUAGACAAAAAAGAAAAACGAAUAGAUAGGCAUAAAGUUAAAACUUUGGAUAAUGCAGAGACUGCUACUGUGAAGGAGCCGAAAGGAACCGAAGCCCGUCCCAAACAGGACAACUUUUACACAGCAUUGUUUAGUAAUAAGCAAGACGUCCAGAUCCCGCAGCCAAUAAAGCUGAAGCCGGAGAAGAGGCCAGACAAUGACGAAUCAAAUAAGUGCAUGUUGGUAGCAGCUAUUACGAAAGAGGUUGAACAACCGCAGAAGAAAAAGAAGCUUAACUUGCAAGAAUACAAGUUGAGAAAGGGAGCAAGUUCGAACAACAGCUCCGCGACAGUCAGCCCUGAAGCGAUAUUCCCUGACAUGCCCAGCCCUGGAUUGGAUAAAGCAGUGAAAUGUCCACUCAUAAAAACGAAUGGCACUAAUAAUAUUCCUAAGCCUAACGAACCAGAAUAUUUCGACCCCAUUAAAGAGGCAUCGAGAAAAAUAUUGCUAAAUACGAAUAAAAAGAAAGCAGAGGCACUAAGGAAGAGAGAGGAGAAUAUUGUAAUGAGCAAGAUACCGAAAGUUGAUAUUCUUCAACUACAGCCGCUAAUAAGUGAGGCUGAGAUGCUGCAAAUAGUUGGGAUGAAACCUCAGCCUGAAAUAGUGCCAGUGCCUUCGCAUACUGAGAAACCACAACAGCCGGCUCAGCAACAGUAUGAAGAGUUAAUCUUGGUGAGUGUCGGCACCAAUACAGACGAUAAAAUUACCCCCAUCGAAGAACCUGAAGUAAAAGCGUCGUCUCUCAUUAAUUUCAAAAUUAAGAAAGCCGAUAAUGUACUAAAACAGAAUGUGUUCGAUGUAAAAAGAGGAAAAACGUCCACAGAUGAUAAAGCUGACAAAAAAAUUGAUAAGAAACGUUACAAAGACAUCGCCGCUACGUUAAAGAGUGUUGAGAAACAGGUUGAGACGAGAAAUCUGAGUAAUUCACUAUUCUCGAGCAUCCAAGAUGUGGUCUUGAAGAAAGCUCCCGAGAAGGUGGAGUCGGUAGAACCAAGCAGUUCUAAGUCUCAACAUGAGAAACGUAAUACUACUAUAGUACGGGAAUAUGAUCCUAAGGCGGAACACGGCGAAGACAAGGUUAUUUUACAUCUAGGCAAGAAAAGGAAUAAACCAGUGACUUCUACCAUAAGUAUACAGACAGAUUCACUACCUGAGUUUACUGAGCUGCCAGUUGCGACUACACUGAAAAAGAGACCCAGCCCAGUUGCUCCAGCGCGACAAAGGAACGACAGUGACAUGUCCGUCUCAAGUGAGAGUAGUGUAUCAAGGAAAAGCAACGAAUCAGCUAAGAAUAGAAAAACAAAAAUAGUGCCCAAACAUAAAGAUUCACGGGAGAAAGUCCAUAGGUCUCGGUCAAAAGACCGAUACGACUCGAAAUACAGUAGACGGCGGUCGAGGUCUGCUUCGCGGGGGCGGAGAAGACGAUCGCACAGUCGGAGUCGCAGUCGAAGUAGAUCCAGGUCCAGGUCUCGAGGCUACAGGAGGUAUAGAAGAUCAGACUCUCCUUAUAAAAGGAAACACAGGUCGCGGUCGCCAUACCAGAACAGGUCACAUAGAUCGCGCUCCAGACCAACAAGCACUCGGUCCAAGAGUCCUGCUGCCAAAAAGUUGAAGCUGACUCCUCCUACGAACAGCAACGAUAGGAAGAUCAUCAAGUCCCACACGCCGCCUUUACGGAAACCGACCAUUUCUGAAAGCUCGGACUCGUCAUCAUCUAGUUCCUCAUCAUCAUCCUCGUCAUCUUCCUCCUCGUCAUCAUCAUCGUCGAGUUCGUCCUCCAGCUCAGCAAGUUCCACCAAGUCCAGGAGAUCAGUCGGCUCGUCGACCAAGUCCAGGAGAUCCGUCAGUUCUUACAAGCGAGACGAACCUUACAAGACCAAGAGUUACAGGGGCUACAGUUCUGAAGAUAGGGAGAGUAACACACUGGUCGAGGAACGCAGGAUAGUGUUCGUCGGUCGACUGGAGAAGGAUAUCACGAAGAUGACGUUGAAGAACCAGUUCUCCAAGUUUGGUCACGUCGUGGAAGUACGGCUACAUAGCAAGGAAGAUGGGUCUAGAUACGGUUUCGUGACGUACCAACGAGCCCGGGACGCCUGGUCGGCGGUGGAGGCUGCUAGCUCGUUCCCUCAGUACGACGUCGGGUUUGGAGGCCGGCGCGCCUUCUGCAGGCAAAGCUAUGCUGAUCUUGAUGGUCUCGAAGCCAAAUACACCGAGAGCGCCUUCCACGGGCAGGUGGCGCUGCCUCCGAUCCGGAACGAGGACGACAAUACAUUUGAUCAAAUGUUACUAGAAAUGAAGCAGAAACUCAGCCAAAGAAAGAGCGAGCAUAAACGCUCAGACGAUUCCAAGCCUUGACAGUUACCAGUGAAUAGCUGGCCGAUCAACGUGGUGCUCUCUCUAGUAAGCAAAGUGACGUUUCAGUGUGUAAUUGGCGGAUUCUAUCCAGCCCCAGUGAGCCAAGUGACAGUGAUUUAGGUUAAUAGUGAACAGUGGAACUGCAUAUUAGACCGCUGGCUUCUCUCAAUAAAAAUGGUUUUUCGGUAAGCAAAUACAUUUAGUAUCCUAACACUUACCUCGGUAGAACUUUCAGUCAUAGUAGUAAGCGACAUAGUAUGACUAAAUUUAUUUAAACAUGUAUAUAGCGAUGUACUGAUUGACAUUCAAAUUAUCUCGGCUAUGUGUACCUUGUCAAAUUAUUUAUAUUGUGUCAGGUCAUGAUAAAAAGGAGUGAGAUUAAAAAUGAAUUAGUGUGUAAAACCGAAUUAUUAAAUGAAAUUCUUAUCACGUUUUUGGUGAAAUCAUGGUUAGGUUAUGCUGUGGAUGCGUGCAAUGACAGCUGUCAUGGGUGACAGCUGUCAAAGUGACAGUUACCUAGUGACGUGCAAUCAAAAAGACAGUGUUCAGCGUUUUGUUGCGAACAAAAUUUGCUCACAGAUUGUGGCAUUGUAGCGUAAAUGAUCGUGGAUUUAUUUUGUUGUAUAAAAACUUGUGAAGUAAUGCUGAAUGUCACAAUCGUUUUGUUUAUUGUUUCGUUUUUAGUUUGUUAGUUGAUAGUCAGAUUACCUCAAGGAUAUAAAUAGUUGUUUCGUUUGUUUAUUUGUAAAUCUGUUGUCAUCAUUCUCAUUUUGUUUUGUACUGAAGAACUGUCCAACAGUUUAAAUUUAUAAGCUUUGUCAAAAAUCGCUUCCAUACUGUCGAGUCUUUCAAAUCGAACCGUUUCGAAGUCGCAUCAUAACUAAUUCUAGUUUCCUUUUUCUUACUAGUCGUGCUGUAUGCAAAAUACACUUUUAUGUUAAGACAUAAGUUUCAUUUCGGCUUGUACAUAAUUAUUACAUAGACGGUGCCCACAGGAAAGUAUAUGCUGGGACCAUUAGGAGACAUAAUCUCUUGCCUGUAUAUAACUAUAGUGAAUUCAUUUCAAAAUUUGACAAAUUGUGUAUAAAAAAAAAUUAAAUUGACUUUUCUGUUUGCGCAACUACAUUUUCAUAGUAUUUUAUGCUGUACAAUGUACUAUUUUUAUUCCCUAAAGGGUGAUAGAAUGUUCCUUACACCCAUUUAUUCACCAGUUUUGUUAUCAAGUCCCAUGUUAUAAGAGUCGAGCUUAGGAUUGCCAGACUGAUAAUUUUCCAUUUCUAAGACCAUGAACGGAAUCUGAGUUUUGGUGUCCCAUACGAGACUAAACUGUAAAAGUAAGAAUUAUGUAGGUUCCUAGAACUCACCCUUCCCGCCCGCAGCGCGACUUGCGAGCACGUUACAACGUUUGGUUUGACUUUUGCAGCCAUAGUAUUGUAUUUUUGUGAAAAAAUCUAGUAUUUUUUUAUUCCGGGACAGCAAAGUAAAAUUACUGGAAAUGGACAGCACACAAUAUUCCGGGACAAUCCCGGAAAUCCCGGUCAUUUGGCAACCCUAGUCGAGCUUAUUGCUAUACACGGGACAUAAGUUCCAGUUUCAAUAAUCAAAAAACCUUACAUCAACUGGGAAUUAAAUCCAAGCCAGUGAGAACUAUGAUCAGUUGCGCAAACAAACGUCAGUGUGAUAUUUCUAUGUACAUAUUUCUUUAUGUAUAAAAAUGUUUUAUGUAUGUCAUCUUGACGAUUGUUACCAAUUUUUUUUAUGUUAUAUAUGUGGACUUUCCUAUCUGUAUGUCAUUAAACCUGUUUUAUUUUAACACCUUAUAUUAUUCAAAAAUCUAAAUUGCACUAUACCCUUAAUAAUUUGUUUCUUGGUUGCACAAUUGGGUAGAUUCGUAAGUCAAAAAUUAAUUGUUUCGAAUUUUCUAUUCAACACACACAAACAAUACUACAUAUUCUCAAAACAUUUUGAUUAAUUGAUUAAACAAUGCAAUUCAUUUUCCACUAAUCUUUAAGUUACUUAGUAUGCAAAUUAACAAUAUAUAAAAAGACACAAACACACAAAGUUCAUAGAAAACUAACUAUAGCAGUUUGAUAAUUCGAAACAAGUAUUUAAUUUUUGACUUGGAAAAUACCCAUACCCGUACGUAUAUAGUAGAUGCUAAUACAUAUAAUACACUAUUUAUUAUACAUACCUAUAUAAUUACACUCUUAAAGUAGAUAUAGAAAAUAAAUAAUUAAAUAAAAAAGACACUAUAAUAAUAAAAAGACUUACGGAAUUGACUCCAUCAGUCAGUCUCAUUUAGAGAAUGAAAUCUCGAGCAUCUUUAUCUAUCCCGGUACUUUUAUGCGAAACACGGGAUUUUUAUGCGUGAUCCCGGUAUUUAUAUGCGAAAUCCCGGAAUUUUUAUGCGAAAUCCCGGGAUUUUUAUGCGAAAUCCCGGGAUUCCGGGUCUACCCCGGGAUUAGACUAUGUAGUUCAUAAUUGGGCUAAAAUGUAUCCCCAGAUCCCGGAUUCCGAGAUUGUAUUCUCUAUCUCAAUCUAUCAGUAAGUAGAAUAAAGUCUACUGCAAGCGUGCCCCGCCAGGAUUGCUAGUGAAGUGAGAGGUCUCUUGUCUAACAAACUAAUUAUUAAUGUGAUGUCUUUGGAUCAUUCAUUGGACAAUGACCUCACAUUAAAUUAGCGUUAUCUGGUGAAAGGAAAACCUUUCUCAUUAGCUACUAGACAAGAAGAUUUUUGACAUAAGUUCCAUACAAAAAAUGGUCGUAUUGACAACCUCCUCCGUUUUUUGUAGUUGGUUAAAAAUGUGUCAAAAUUAUAUCUCUAGUUAGCAAAUUACUGAUAGAUAGUAUGGGACUGACUGUAUAUGGCUUCAAUUGAUAUCAUAGCAAAUAUAUUUGUGCUCUCAUUCUAACAUGAAAGGGACGAAAGAGAUAGGAAGAUAGCUUGAGUAUAAUAUAGUACAAUUGUAUUAUUCAAUAUUAAUAUUCUCCUUAUUGGUCCAUUGAGAGACUUUUGGUUCCGAGUUGGGCAAAACGUUUUUUUUUUUUUCUUUAUAAAAACGUUGCCCCACACUAGGAUUUUCUCCUGUGUCGUGGGUGCGUUUACAAACAUAUAAGUUCACAUACACAUGACACCCAGACCCGAAACAACAAUUUGUGGAUCACACAAAGAGUUGCUCCGUGCGGGAAUCGAACCCGCUACCCGUUGCGCGGCAGCCAGUUGCCCAGCCACCGCACCAACCGUGCAGUCUAAAUCUUCUUAUUCCAUUUUUCAAUGUUUUAAAUUCAAUAAUAACACAAAAUCUGGUAUUGUAGCCAGUGUUAAGCAAUAGGCUCAUCCUCUAUUACAUGGGACUCAUAACAACUGGUGAAAAGUUGGUUUUAUAUUGCAUAUGUAGACCUCUGCCUACCCAUCUUGGAUUAUAUAGCUUCUAUCUCUUUCUUAUUCCAAAUGUUAGUAAGAGACAGCUAUAUAUUUUAUCUAUCAAUUGAAGCCAUUAUUUUAUCCAAAGAUAUGUACUUGAACUUAUGAAGAACUUCUUUUACGCAGAUAUAACCCUAAAUUCGACUCUUACGCACACAAAUAACAAACACAUAUUGUAAAACAAACAAACAAUCCAAUCAUCCGGAAUUGUCUAUAAAAUUUUGAAUAUUUACUUUACUUAACAUACUAAAAGUAACCUUAAACGAAACUACUUAAGAUUCAAAGUCGAUAGCACAAAUAAUCUAAUUUAGGUGCAAUUAGAUUUACUUAAAAAAACUUCCAUUGAGAUUGUAAGUGCCAAAAUUAUUAAAAAAAAAACACUGUUCCUAUUUUAUAAUUAAACACAGCAACACAGAAUUGACUAGCUUAUACUUUCGCUUAAAAACCUUUAAGUUUUAUUACAAGAUUUUAAUUUAAACUUGCUUAUUCAUAAAUAAAGAAAUAUCUGUCAUUCAUUUAACUAAAGAUGGCCUUCUCUGAUAUUUGAUUGGAAAGCGUGAAUUUUGCAUGAGGGAAACUUCACUAGGCACCUAGCUUUUUUAGGGGUUAAAAGACUAGGGAGUGUGGGAUUUUUACCUCACUAAAACCACCCCGGUGGUCACCCUCAGCACCUGUAAGGGGCACCGGGUCCUCUAAUAGACCUGCUCCAGGACCCUGAUUACUCUUCUGUGAUUGAAUGAUAUUUACUAUCUAAUUUGAUUGAUCGAUACAGAAAUAUUAAUAUGAAUAUAAUACCCUUCCUACAGUCGAGUAAAAAUAGUAAAAAAAAAUACUUUUGGUAUUGCGGAUGUCCAGAGGUGGAGUCGAUUGCUUUCCAUCAGUCCCCAUCAGGUUUAUAGUCUCCUCAUUUGUCCUCCACCCUUAAAAUAUCAGAAAAGCAGUCAUAUAAAAUUCACACAGUCCAUACUUGUAACGGAUCUAUGAAUUAUAUAAAAUAUUUAUUGUAUAAAUAAUUUUUAUUAUGUAAUAUUUUUUGUUUGUUUGUCCUAUUUUUUGCUUAGACCAAUUUUAUUUUAAGACAUACACUCUAAGCAACUGAUUAUAUGCCAUAACUAGUUUCAUUUAAUGUGCUUUAAGUUCCGUAGUUUCAAUAUAAAAUAAUUAAUUUUAUUCUGCUCACUGCCAAAGGAAUUGUACUCCAUAUUUCAUAGCACAUUUUAUUCAUAUGGCAACAAAUUAGUUUGCUUAGAGUUGCCCCUGUAAAAAAACAAUUAGAUUGAAUUUUGAAAUCUAGUCAGUGUUACUAACUAGAUGAUACUUUUUUUGUUUUUAUCUUUACGGUGAUAAUUUAUUUAAAUGUAACAUUAAGCAUAUUUUAAUGGUUUUAAGUUUAAAAGAUUUUAUUUCAUAUUAUUGUAGCGAAGUAGUUAUGAAAUAGGUUAAACUGUAUCUUGUUCAUUAAAAUUGGUCUCUAAAUAAUGCAAAGUUUUGUUCUAUAUUAUCUAUAUAUUUUAAGUUAUACUAGUACAGUAAUUUAUUUCCGGUUAUUUUUCCACCGACAGUGUAAAAUCAACUAUAUUGUCUAAGUGAUAAGGAUAGGAUUCUAUCGCUCUGUGUAUAAAGUUUACCCAUACACUAGGCAAUUUAUUGACUGUUUUUUUUUCUAGAGAAUUCGUUGUAUUUUCUCGGGUCUUAUGUAUUUUGUGAUUUUCAUUAUCUUAUGAUUUUUGGUUAUUUAUAUUGUAUACUAUGUAUUAUGUCUUGUACAAUCCGAUGUGGCGGUAAAUUGACGAGUGUAUGGCCCUUUCGACACAUUUCAUUCCCGCCAAAUUUCGAUUUUGACAGCUGUCAACGCAGCCUGCACAGAUAAGAAAUAGUUUCGUUGUUUUUUUUUUAAAUAUACAAACGUAUGUUGUAAGAAAUGAUAGGUAAUGAAUGAAAAGACUAUGUAGUACAUAAUUUUGUACGUAUUUUUAAAUUUAAUCAGCUAAACGAGUCACUACGAACAUAGAAUCAAUACUCUUUAAAAUUAAGAUCAUGGCUUUGUAGCAUUUAGGAAUUGAUAAGGUUACGUUAAAAUAGGAAUUAUAAUAAUUUUUGUUCUACAUUAUUCUCUAUUAGAUUCUUCAUGUUGAUUUCGUUUUGUGACUAAUAUUCAUACACGAACGUGUUUUGUAUAAGAAUUUUAUACAUUUCGGUUUUAUAAAUCUUAAUUGUUAGCUCUUAAGAUUUAAAAAGUAUGUGGAAAAUGUUAAAUUGACCUUUAAAAACAUUGUGAUCUGUGGCGGUGGUUGUACAAAAAAUAAAUUGUUAAUAAAUUUUGAUGUUGAAAAAAAAACCUUAAAAAGCACACUAGCGCCACAGAGAAUCGUGACGUAUACUGGAACUAAAGGUUCCUUAUUUACUAUUAUGACUUGUUAUUCAAAAUUAUGGGAAUGUAUAAGUAGAAUAAUAUUAUACCCGUAUUGAAAACUUUGAAAACUUUAUACAAAUAUUCAUAUAAUAUAUAAAAAAAUGGUAAAUGUAUUUUUCAAAUGCGGGUAUACUUAUUCGCUUAGCUUGAAUCUUAAGUGCUUGUGAAUAGAGUCGAAAUUCGUACAGAUCGAUAAACUACGGGGUUGUAGUACAUAUAAAAGUCCAACAUAGUGUUGAUAGUACAUAGUGAGAAUGUUUUAUACAUAAAGCUGUUGAUAAAUAAAAGUAUUUUGGACAUAA